CUGAUUUCUGUUUCAAUAAGUCGUCGGGUAAAGUGAACAAAAUUACUGAAAAUUUUAUGAUUGCUUGUUGUUCUAACCGCUUUCGUGAAAUUUAACAGUUUUUAUUUUAACAACACUCUUAAAGAUUCGAAUAAAGCCGAAAUUGUCAACACUUUUUGGAUACUACCAAUUAUUAUCAAGAUAUCCAAUAUGAGUGAAUCAGCUGAUCAGAAUGAACCUCCAAAAGAUCCAAAAGAACUGGAAAAGUUGGAAGAGGCAAAACUAAAAGCCAAGUUUCCAAAUGCAAUACUUGGCAGAGGCCCUGGAGGCCACUCUGCUUUUCUACAAAAAAGGCUUGCCAAGGGACAAAAGUUCUUCGACUCGGGUGACUAUCAGAUGGCCAAGCAGCGGCCGGGCAACCUCGCGGCGCCGUUCAAGGCGCCGGCUGUGCCCGCGAAGAUCUCCACCGGCGACGCGAUCCCCACUCCCGAGACCGUGCCGCUGCGCAAGACCUCGAUCAUCCAACCCAAGUACCAGCCGCCCGCGCACUCCUAGCCACUCGGCACGAAACGUGAGCCGCCCAGUAACCUACCAGUGAUCUAGAUUCAUUGUAUAGUCCCAUAAACCAUUCAACCAUUAUUGCUAUCGUAAUCUCGUGUCUGUGCCACUGCGGAAUACCAACCUCAUCCAGCCCAAGUUCCAGGGACCGUAUACUUAUAAUCUUUUAGCCACUCGGCACGACACGCGAGUCGCCCACUAAUCCACCGUAGAUCUAUAACUAUUCAUUGUAUAGUCCCAUCAAACAUGUUUGCAAUCUGUUUGUGUGCUCUUAUCCUAAUCUUAAUAACAUGCCACUGCAAAAUACCUUCAUCAUCCAGUCUAUUUGCCAGUGGCCAUAUAUUUAUAGCCUAAUGGCAACUUGGCAUGAAACGUGAGCCACCCACUAGCCUACCAGUGAUCCAGAUUCAUUGUAUACUCCCAUCAACCAUUAUUAUCUUAAUAUUGUGUCUGUGCCACUGCGGAAUACAGCAUCACUCAGCCGAAGAUCCAGGGGCUGUAUACUUAUAACCUUUUA